GUUCGGAGAAAGUGGUGUCGCGUUGUGCGAUAGUGGAUUUUCAUGGAUUUUAAGUGAUAAAAUUUGUUGAAAUACAGAAAAUAUCUUAACAAUAGCGGAUAACAAAUCGUAAAACAAAGUCUAAAACGUUGUGAAAAAAAUAAGAAGAAAUGUUUCGUGAAUUCGGCUAAUAUUGUGUUAAACGUUCUGAAAAAAAAACGAAAAAAGAAUUUUAUUGAUUUAUCUAUUAAGCUUAAGAAGAAAGAAGAAAGUUGUUAAAACAUAAGAAGAAUUUGAUGCUGUUGCAAAUGAAUAAAUUUAUUAGAGUGUAACUUAAUGUCUAUGAUAAUAUCAAGUCAAUAAUUAAUCAAUUUUAUCAAACAAAUUGCAUAAUUACAAGGAGAAUAUCAAUAUCUACAUAAGUAAAAUCAAGUUUUAAAAGUCAAUUAAAGCUCGAUAAAAAAAAUAUUUUUUAUUGAUAAGAAGUUAACUUACAAUUGCCAUUCGAAGAUUGAUUAAUUUAAACCACUACACGAAGGCUGUCAAUUGAAAAUGUCAAUCAUUAAACAAUAAAAACGUCGAAUCGAAAGUAAACUUCCGAAAAAUUUCAUCAAUUUCACAUUCGUAAUCUCAAUCUUGGGACAAAGAAACAUUUAUAACUUAAAUGGCAUCUCCACGUGAUGAUAACUCUCCAAAACAACAUCAACAACGUUCACCGUUGAGCAAAACGAAUUUCAGCUUUAAAUCAUCGUCGCCAUCUCAUUCGCUUAAUGAAUCUCAGCAACAUUUGAGUCCUACAAAAUUUCUUAAUUCACCGUCAUCGUCGUCUCCAAAUAAUGAUAAUCAUAUGGUAACUGGAUCUGGUCCGAGUCGUCAACGCUCUUUACGCGAUCGAUUGAGAGACGGAAUAAGUAGCAGUUUGACAUGGCAGUAAGUGAAU